GGGGUUGUGGGGACCCUUUGGAGCUACCGGGAUCGGGGAGAUCACCCGGGAGCGGCGGGGAGUGUGAGGAGUCACCGGGAACGCGGGGAGCCCCGGGAUCUGUAGGGACUCCCAGGGGAUCCAUUGGGACCCCCAGGGACCACCGGGACCCCCGGGAUCUGUAGGGAACCUCAGGGACCCCCGGGAUCUAUAGGGACCACCGGGAUCUAUUGGGACCACUGGGAUCCAUAGGGACACCCCGCGACCCCCGGGAUCUAUAGGGACCCUCAGGGAUCCAUAGGGACCCCCGGGACCCCCAAGAGUCCAUAGGGACCCCAAAGGACCCUCAGGGACCCCCAGGGAUCCAUAGGGACCCCUGGGAUCUAUAGGGACCCCAGGAACCACCGGGACCCCCAGGACCCCUCCCAUUUGAAGGGACCUAUAGGGCACCUAUAGGAUCCAUAAGGGACCACGUGAGGUGUGGGGACCCCCCAGGAGCCAUCGGGACCCCCUGGACCCCAUAACCCCCCCCUGGGGGGCUGCAUUGGGACCCCCAGAGCUGUCAGACCCCACAGGCAGCACCUGCAGGGCUCAGGUGACCCCCCCAGGACAUAAAAAGGGAGCCCAUGGGGACCCGCUUGCACCCAUAGGACCCCCCUGGGCACCCAAAGGACCCCCCAGGACACCCACAGAGGCUCCCUAAGCCCCUCAGGCAGCUUCAGGACCCCUUAAACCCCUCUACAGGACCCCCCAAGCCCCCCCCAGCGAGCCGGGGCUGGGGGGGGGGUCGCACCCCAUGGAGUGGGGUCGGUCAUCGCCCCCCUCCUCAUCCCCCCCGGCGGGGUCUCAUUCCCCCUCCCCUCCCCUUUCCCUGUCCCCCCUUUUCCCACAGCGCUCCCCUUUUCCCCCCUCCCCAAUGGGGGGGUCCCAAUCCCCUUUUCCCCCCUCCCCAAUGGGGGGGUCCCAAUCCCCUUUUCCCCUCUCCCCUCGGGGGUCUCGUUCCCCUUCCCCAUCACUUGGAGAGGGGUCCCGUUCCCCAUUUUCCCCAUUCCCGGAGGGGUCCCGCUCCCCUUUUCCCCUCUCCCCUCGGGGCUCCCGCUCCCCUUCCCCAUCCCCGUCCGGCUCCCGUUCCCCAUCCCCGUCCGGCUCCCGUUCCCCAUCCCCUCCCUCCCCGCCCGGUUCCCGUUCCCCGUCGCCACCGGGCGGUUGCGAACCGGCCCGGGCGGCUUUCGGGGAGCUGCGGCUGGAGGAGGUGAUCGGUGCCGGCGGUUUCGGCCGCGUGUUCCGGGGCACCUGGCGGGGCCAGGUAGUGGCGGUGAAGGCGGCGAGGGGCGACGCGGGCGCGGCGGGCGCGGCCAGCCUGCGGCGGGAGGCGCGGCUCUACGCCCGCCUGCGGCACCCCAACGUGGUGGCGCUGCGGGCCGUGUGCCUGGAGCCGCCGCACCUGUGCCUGGUGAUGGAGUUUGCCGCGGGGGGGCCGCUCUCCAGGGCCCUGGCCGGGCGCAGGGUCCCCCCCGCCGUCCUGCUGGACUGGGCUCGCCAGGUGGCGCGGGGGAUGCGGUACCUGCACUCCGGGACCCCCGUGCCGCUCAUCCACCGCGACCUCAAGUCCAGCAAUGUUCUGCUGGCCCAGCCCGUGGUUGGGGACGACGUGAGCGGGAAGACGCUGAAAAUCACCGACUUCGGGCUGGCCCGCGAGUGGCAGCGAACCACCAAGAUGAGCGCGGCGGGCACCUACGCCUGGAUGGCGCCCGAGGUGAUCCGGGCAUCCACCUUCUCCAAGGGCAGCGACGUCUGGAGUUAUGGGGUGCUGCUGUGGGAGCUGCUGACCGGGGAGGUGCCGUACCGGGGCAUUGACGGCCUGGCCGUGGCUUAUGGGGUGGCCGUGAACAAACUGACCCUGCCCAUCCCGUCCACCUGCCCCCCGCCCUUCGCCCAGCUCAUGGCAGCCUGCUGGGAGCAGGACCCCCACCGGCGGCCGGGCUUCGGGACCAUCCUGCGGCGCCUGGGGGGGCUGGAGCCGGGGGGGCUGGGGCCCCCCGAGUCCUUCCACUCGCUGCAGGAGUCGUGGCGCCGCGAGAUCCAGGGGCUCUUCGACGAGCUGCGGGCCCGCGAGAAGGAGCUGCGCAGCCGGGAGGAGGCCGUGGCCAGGGCGUCGCGGGCCCAGCGCUCCCAGGCCGAGGCGCUGCGGCAGCGCGAGGCCGCCGUGGCGCGCCGGGAGCUCGAGGUGCUGGAGCGGGAGCUCAGCCUCAUGCUCAGGGGGCCCCCCCGGCCCCCCCCGGCCCCCAAGAGACGCAGACCCCCCUUCAGGAGGCCACGGAAACCGGCGGAUCUCAUCGGGAUGCCGCAGGAUUUCAAGCACCGCCUGACCGUCCAGGCAUCCCCUGGGGGAGACCCCCGGAGCCACGACCCCCAGGAUGGCCCGGGGGAAUCCCCGCCCUUCCCGCGCCUGCGCGCCAUCCAGCUGGAGCCCGAGGAAGAGGAGGAGCCACCGCGGGGCCGUGGGGGUCGGGGCAGUGCCCUCAAUGGCAGGCGCCGCCUGCGCCCCGAUGAGACCACCUGGUACCUGGACACGGAGGAGCUGAGCCCGGGGGACGCCUCCCCCAAUGGCGAGGCCGGGCCCCCCCCGGAGGCCGAGGAGGGUCGGGGGUCUCGGGGCGGGACCCCCCGGCUGCUGCGGCGGGCGCUGCUCAAGGGCUCGGCCCUGCUGGCCUCGCUGGGGCUGGGCCGGGAGCUGGCGCCCCCCGAAUCCCCCCGAAGCCCCCCGCCCUCGCCGGGGCUGCUGCGCCUCUCCCCGCGACGCUGGGAGCGAAACCUGGGGUCCCCCGAGUCACCCGGGACCCCCGAGACCGGGCGGGCCUGGAGCCCCGGGACCCCCGGGACCCCCGAGCCGAGCCGAGCAAGGACCCCCGGGACCCCCGAGCCCAGCGGGACCCCCAGGACCCCCGAGCCGAGUCAAGCCCGGAGCCCUGGGACCCCCGAGCUGAGUGGGGUCCAGACCCCCGGGACCCCCGGAUCCCCCAAUCCCAGCAGGGUCCGGACCCCCGGGACCCCCGAGCAGGGGCGAGCCCGGACACCCGGGUCCCCCGAUCCCAGCGGAAUCCGGACCCCCGGGACCCCCAAGACCCCCGGGACCCCCGAGCUGAGGCCAGCCCGGACCCCCAAGACCCUGGAGCUGAAUUGGUCCUGGACCCCUGAGCAAGGGGGAGGAGCCAGGACCCCCGGGACCCCCGGGACCCCCGAGCUGGGCCGUGCCCGGACCCCCGGAACCCCCGGGACCCCUGAGCCACGUCGUGCCCGGACCCCCGGGACCCCCGAGCUGGGGCUGCAGCCGUCACCCCGGGGGGCUCGGAGACCCCGCGAGCUGAGCCCAGCCGGGACCCCCGAGUGGGGCCCCGCCCGGCCCCGCCCCUCCCCGCUCCGCCCCCGCAUCGAUCCCUGGAGCUUCGUGUCCGCGGGGCCUCGCAAGGCCCCGCCCCCCGCCGAGCCCCGCCCCCGAGAUCCCUUCACCGACCAAUGAGAGCGCCCGCAGCGCUUUGGACCCGCCCCAGCCACCCUCCGGCGACCAAUGAGCGGCCGCGAAGGACGGAUUGACAGCAGCAAGCCCCUCCCGCGUCGCAGGCCACGCCCCACCGUGCUGUGAUUGACAGCUGCGAGGCGGAAGCCCCGCCCACGCUGGCGCGCCAUUGGUCCAUGCAAAGGGCAUUACAAAAAAGCCCCGCCCCUCCUGGGCGGGGCCUUACGGCAGGAAACCACGCCCCCCUCCUGGGGCAAACCAGGAAGCUCCGCCCUGAUUGGUGGGCGCGCUGAAGCCCCGCCCCCGGGCGGUCCCGACACUGGACGGGGGUCCCGGGAGCUUCGGGGGGCGCCCGUGACCAAAUAAAAACUCCCGAGAC